CUCCGCAGACCACCGUCUCCCCUCCUUCCCCGCCGCGACUACCGACGCGUCGAGCCAUUCGCUCAGCCCGUUGCAGCGAGCAGCUUGCUACUCGCGAGGACGUUGUGUCCUCUCUUCUGGACUCGAGCAUGCUCCAGGCUCGUCAACAUCGACUCACCCUCCAUGUUGUUGCACUGCGUCGCCUUCUCGCCAUCCUCUCUGACCCUGAUCGCACCCUCCCGAUCAUCCUAGUACGACUCGGGACCUCCACGAGGGUGUACUCAGCGCUGUGGGAUUCCGGUUCUCAGGGCGACUUCGUUCACCCACGAGUGGUGAAGAAAGCCCGCUUACCCACGAUAGGGUCUCCAACUCCCAUCUCCGUUACCCUAGGGGAUGACAAGACCCAGCGCUUCUUUGAUCAGACGGUCACCGACCUCCCCUUCUUCCUCACUCUUGAGCCGACUGAUCGUUCCCCGGCGUCUCGUCGCUACCGCUCCUCUGCACAUUUCGAUGUGAUGGAGACGGGGUACGACUUCAUUCUCGGCACUCCGUGGUCUCGUCGGUUCCGCAGCACCGAGGCCGAUUGGGCGACCAACACUCUCGUUCUCAAAACGAAGUGUGGACAGACGUAUCGCGUACCUUUCAUAGGUACCACGACGAUACCAUGCCCCGAUCCUCCUCCCUCGGAGCCUUCAGUGCCCACACCACCCCCCUCUAUCACUGCCACCUCGCCUCGGCAGUUCGCUCACUUCAUUCGACAGGACGACGUCACCUUCUUUAUGGUGGACAUGACGGAUCUCUUACACUAUGAUCCACCCUGUCCCGACGCCGAGCUCAUCCCUCUGGAGCCAGAUCCUCCCUCUAUCUCCAUGGCUCCCAUCUCUNAGCUCAUCCCUCUGGAGCCAGAUCCUCCCUCUAUCUCCAUGGCUCCCAUCUCUACUUCCGUCCCUCCGCCGUCCGUCGAGUCCACCCCGCCGUUGGGCGCUGACGCUGACGCUAAGGAACUCGCACGAUAUACGGUUGACCUGGAGCCCGCAGUUCGUGACCUCAUCCGAGAGUACCACGAUGUUUUCCCAUCGUCGUUCUCGUACGCCGGCAUCCCACCGAUGCGUGACGUCCAGCACUCCAUUCAACUUGUACCUGACUAUCGUGUUUACCACCAGGCACCCUACAGACUCUCGAUUCCCGAGGCCACCGAACUCAAGCGUCAGCUUGAGGAGCUCCUGAGACUGGGUUUCAUUAAACCCAACAACUCCCCGUGGGGUGCACCCGUCCUCUUUGCUCGCAAAGCGGAUGGAACUCUCCGUCUCUGCAUCGACUAUCGCGGUCUCAACCGCUACACGGUUAAGAAUAGCUACCCCAUGCCUCGUUCUGACGAGCUGUUCGACCGCCUAGCAGUCAACCGCUUUUUUACGAAGAUUGAUCUUCGUAGCGGUUACCUUCAGAUCCGCGUCGCUGCAGCCGAACAGCCGAAGACAACGUUCCGAUCGCGCUUCGGCCACUACGAGUUUACGGUGAUGCCAUUCGGCCUCACCAAUGCACCCGCUACCUUCCAAAGGGCGAUGAACGACAUCUUCAGAGACAUCCUGGAGCAGUACGUUCUCGUCUACCUCGACGAUAUCCUGGUCUACAGUCGUACCCUUGAGGAGCACCUCAGACACCUCCGCGAUGUCCUUGACCGCUUGCGUAGACAUGGCUUCUACGCCAAGCUGAGCAAGUGCCGCUUUGCCCAGCACAAAGUGGAUUUCUUAGGACAUUACGUGUCUGACCAGGGUCUCCACAUGGACGACGCGAAGAUCACUGCUAUUGCGGAGUGGCCCGCCCCCACAUCCGCCAAGCAGCUUCGCAGCUCCCUAGGCCUGACCAGCUACUAUAGUAACUUCAUCCGGGGAUACGCUAGGUAUUCCUACGUCCUUACYUCCACCCUCCUCCGGAAGAACCCACCCUGGGCUUGGACACCCCUCCACGAGGACGCCUUCCGCGCCCUCAAGAAGGCGGUGACAUGCGCACCGGUUCUUCACCUACCCGAUUUUGAUCGCCCUUUUAUCCUUACCACUGAUGCGUCAGACUUUGCUGUAGGAGUAGUGCUUUCUCAGGUCUUCCCCUCCUCUCUUGAUUCCUCUCAUCCUCGUAUCCCUCGCUUUCCACCACCUACCCCUACCACUGCUUCCCGAUUGACGCCUACUCGUCCAGCUACUGACGAGCCCUCUAUUGACUAUUCUCCUACCAUCGCCGAGGACGACACUGCUGAGUCUUGCCUAUGUGAUUGUCCGAUAGCCUUCUACUCCCGUCAGCUCCUGCCCGCCGAGAUAAACUACACUGCUGAUGAACGUGAGGCUAUAACGUAGAAUAUUCUUCCAUCGGUUCUGCACUUUUUUUUUUUCAGGGGAGUAUGCUAAUAUGAUAUUAAUGAAGGCCUAAUGAAAUU